GGGAGGUAUCCUACGGUAUCCACCUGCCCGACGGCACACCUCAAACAGAUAACAUGGACGCUCUGAAAUCAGCGGGGAGAGCCAUCAUCAAGAGUCCCGGAGUUCACCGGCACACGUGGGGAACUUCAAAACACGAAAAGCUGCCGGAGAACUGGACAGACACCAAGGAGACCCUUCUGGAAGGGAUGGUGUUCAAUGUCAAGUACCUGGGCAUGACCCUGGUGGGUCAACCCAAAGGAGAGGACAUGGCGGCUGCAGCCAUUCGUCGGAUUGUUGCCAUGGCCAGAGCCAGCGCCAAGAAGUUUCGGAAAGUAACGCUGACAGUUUCACCAAAAGGCAUCAUCAUCACAGACACGGAGACCACAGACCUCAUAGAGGAUGUCUCCAUUUACAGGAUCUCCUACUGCACCGCUGACAAAACUCAGGAUAAGGUCUUUGCUUACGUUUGUCAGAGUCAGUUUAACGAAACCCUGGAGUGCCAUGCGUUUCUCUGCCAAAAGAAGAAGAUUGCUCAGGCUGUGACAUUAACUGUAGCCCAGGCCUUUAAAAUCGCCCUAGACCUGUGGGAGAUAGCUCAGGAAGACAAAAGCAAGAAGGCGCAGACCUGCUGCUCCUGUACGGCCAUUGAUGGACAGACGGAGGCUGCAGACUCGCACUGUGUUUCAGCAGAUCCAGAGAAGCACAAGCCCGGCGGGAUGGAGGAGAAGCUGCGGCGGCCCUUUUUCUCCGCCUCCCUCGGCUCGCCCUCACCCCGCAGCAACCCCAUGCUGAGACGACCAAUCAAACAUGACUCCUGGGACGUGGAAGACGGGCUUGAAGACGCAUUCUCGAGGUGUUCAACUACUGUAAUUGGCUUUGGAAGAUUUAUGACGCUGGCAACUUGUGUGAUCUUUGAAAGUGCAUUGGACCACUUGUGACUUGAUAAUAAUGACUCUAGGGGAACUGCACCCUGAACCCAACACGCAUUCAAUUCAGAGACACUAAUAGCUUUUGCUCUGAAAUUGUUCUUCCAUGUGGAUGGCCUCAUUUAGACAAAUAAAUUGAUAUAAAAAGUACGGCUGUGAAGCGAAAGUCUACAGACUUGAGGCAACACCUCAGCGGUCUUGUAUUGUCUUGGUAUUAUCUCAAAAUGUCAAUUGCAAAAUAGCGGGCGCAAAGGGCGACCUCAGCCAGUGUGUGGCUGUUGUAACAAUCUGUUCCUUGAUACGAUGCUACAAGUUGGAAAUUAUCAACUUACUGAAAAUGUACUGUACUAUGUACUAUGUGGAAAUAAGAAAAGAAAGCCCCCCAUAUUACUUGGGCAGCACGGUGGCCCAGUGGUUAGCACUGUUGCCUCACAGC